CACUAAUCCUAAUGUAAUGUCGGACGCCUCGGACGGAUUGUGCGUGCAUUUUGUUGUUUGAACUAAUUGUUAUGAUUGUGAUAAUUUUAUAUUCUGAAUGAUCGUAAAACUAAAUCACUGAAGAAGGUAGCGCUACUAUUGGUCACUUCUUUUUCGUGUAGAACUUCGAGUGCAACUAAUUGUGAUAGUCACUGAAACGUUGCAAUUAUGGCUUUAGCCCUUCAAAGGCGUGCAAAUGUACGAUUACCGCCAGAAGUUAACAGAAUACUUUAUGUCAGAAAUUUGCCCUACAAAAUAUCUGCUGAAGAAAUGUAUGAUAUCUUUGGAAAAUAUGGUGCAAUUCGACAAAUUCGUGUUGGUAAUACGCCGGAGACAAGAGGUACAGCUUUCAUAGUUUAUGAAGAUAUAUUUGAUGCCAAAAAUGCCUGUGAUCACUUGUCAGGCUUCAAUGUUUGCAAUCGGUAUCUAGUAGUGUUAUAUUACAGAUCAAACAAAGCUUUCAAGGGAAUGGAUAUUGAAAAGAAAGCAGAAGAGAUUGAUGCACUGAAAAAGAAAUAUGGUAUAUCAAGUGAGGAUCUGCGAAAAUAAAUACUAUCUGUCUAUAUGUAAAA